AUGGCUACCCCACAAGAGGUUCGUGACGAUAAUCUCUCUGCAAGGCGUGAACCCAUACAGGCCGUUCAAGUCUUCGGCCGCAAGAAAACCGCGACAGCAGUAGCGUAUUGUAAGCGUGGACAUGGUGUGCUCCGUGUUAACGGUCGCCCACUUGACCUGGUGGAGCCCCGCCUUCUGCAAUACAAACUUCAGGAGCCCAUCCUACUGCUCGGCAAGGAGAAAUUCUCCGGAGUUGACAUCAGAGUGACCGUGAAGGGUGGUGGUCAUGUAGCACAGGUUUAUGCCAUCAGGCAAGCCAUCUCCAAGGCACUCAUAGCCUUCUACCAGAAAUAUGUAGACGAAGCUUCAAAGAAGGAAAUCAAAGAUAUCCUUGUCCAAUACGAUAGGAGUUUGUUGGUAGCUGACCCUCGGCGCUGCGAGCCCAAGAAGUUUGGCGGUCCAGGUGCCCGCGCUCGCUACCAGAAGUCAUACCGUUAA